ACAAACUGCAGUGGAAUCCCUAAAAGCAGAUGUUUACAACAAUAACAGUACAUUCGUAAAUUGCUCAUCUGAGGGCAUAGAAUUUAAUAUUAUAGAAGUUCAGAUUUCUUAACCAUAAAUCGCAUUCCAAAGAUUGAUUCCACCAAGAACCGUAUACAACAGGGCUAUACAUUUUUUGAUUUCACAUGUUUACAUAACCUAGGGUAUGCCCUAAUGCGCGAUGAAUUAGGACAGCAUAACCCAAAGACUGAGAUGCAGGCAAACAUUUUUAGCGGAAACGAUACAACUGCAAUAGUGUCAGGAGCCCUCCAACUUUAAACAUUUCCCUACUACGAAAGUACAACAAUAAAAACAAUGACUGAUUCCCCCAAGAAGAACUUAUUGGCUCCGCCUCCCCCAACAUCUUUAAAAUUGCCCCUACAGAAUUUGAAAACCAACACCGGCUCGGCAACGGGUAAUCCUCGAAAUAAAUGUGCUCUAAAGCCGGGACAUUCGCUGAUGGAUUGGAUACGACUAGGCAACUCGGGUGCUGAUCUGUCGGGUACCAAAGGACGUAUUAUCCCUGUGACACCAGAAGAGUUGGCAAAACACAAUACUAGAAAUGAUGCUUGGAUGGCUAUACGUGGUGUUGUAUAUAAUGUAACACGUUAUAUGGACUUUCAUCCUGGAGGUAUUGAAGAACUUAUGCGUGGCGUGGGUAAAGAUGCAACUAAACUCUUUAACGAAGUCCAUGCUUGGGUGAACUACCAACAAUUACUUAACAAAUGCCUAAUUGGACCCUUGAAGAAAUCUUCGAGAAUAGAUAGGGUUCUAGAAGAAAAUGACACUAACAAAUUAUCAACCUUUGCCAAACCGCCUAUACCACCCCAAGACAUUGCACCCCGUUUGGAUUGGAUUCAGAAUCGCAGUAGCCUAACCUUAUGCUUUUAUACAAAACAAUUUUGCAAUCCUGGCUGUUUAAUACAAAAUUUAGCCUGCGAAGAUAGCAAUCAUAUUGAAAUUUGGAUAAUCAUUGGUAAUCACUUGCAUAAAUACAAAUUCAAAUUAAUGGGCAUGAUAUUGUGGCCACCAAAAGAAAUCAAAGUUGCCUCCGAAAGUGGUAAAAUAGAAGUGUGCUUACAAAAACCCAAUGAUAAACAGGACUUAUGGUCGGGUUUGGGAGAACAUCAUGUGGAGAAAUUGCUAAAAACUUCCAUAGAAGAAGAUUUGUAUUUGGACUAUAGCGCUUUUCUAUAUAAGGAAUAUAAUCAUGAUUCUUUUAUAUUAAGGCUUAAGAAUGAAAAUAUCAUAUGCUAUUUGCCUGUUGGCUAUCACGUUUCCAUGGAAGGCUUAAUAAAUGCAACAAAAAUUAGCAAAUGUUAUACUCCCAUUCCUAGUAAAUAUAUGACCAACCAGGCCAAAGAAGACAAUCAACUACACUUCCUUAUAAAGAAAUAUCAGCAUCCCAACAGUUUUUCAAUGUAUUUAAGUCAAGUGCCAGAUGAAACAAACCUAAAGAUUUCUUUGCCAAAAGGUAACUUCAAGCUAGCAUCGCUCGCUGGCCAUAGGUCAAUUUGUUUGCUAGCCGCCGGCAGUGGUUUAACGCCAUUCUUGUCUUUAAUUGAUCACUUGCUAAAAAGAAGCACCAACCGAAUAGAACUUUUAAAGCUGAUCUACUUUAAUAAAACAUGUGAAGAUAUUUGGUGCCAAGACAGUCUAUCUAACAUUGCUAAGCAGGAUGAAAGAUUUGAAUUCACCCCAGUGCUAUCAAAUCCAAAUAACUCUUGGACUGGCGUUCAAGGUCAUGUGUCUUUGGAAUUAUUGUCUCCUUUGGUGGAAAAAUCGAAUGCCAGCAAAAUUACCUACAUUUGUGUAUGUGGGCCCUCAGGAUUCAACCAAAAAGUUGAGGAGAUUCUUCAAGAUCUAGAAUUUCCCACAGGAAACUUAUUUAUAUUUUAAAAAAUUCAAUUGUGUAUGUGUUUGUAAAUUUUGUGUAUUAGCUGCAUAUGUAUAUAAAUUUUCAUACUUUAAUAAGAAAGAUGAAAAGAAAA